UGCGCCGUCCCUUGCUGUGUGCAAGGCUUCAGUCUGUCCCAGGCAGUGAAGCAGAGAGGAUCCCCUCGCUGAGCUUCAAGCUAACCUGAGACUGAUUUUUUUUCUCCACCCUACAUUUUCUCUUCUUUUCUGAGACUUUAGUUGUGCACCGGAGUGUGAGAAAGCUCGCUAAUUUUGUUGUAAUGCCGAAGUCUGAGCAAAGGGACCCGGGGUGGCUGAAGAAGCCAAGGAUCAGGCACAUGGGACAAGGGCACGACUGAUGAUCUUUGGAAUCGAGUCGUCGAGAGCAAUGAAGAGACUGAAGGGGUUCUAAAGAAAAAAAAACCGCUGAACACAUUCAUUGAUUUUUAUUUUGUGUGUGUGUAUGGAUCGAAAGUAGGAGACCACAUCCCGAAGCUCUCCUUGCGGCGAAAAUGUUGCGUUUGACAGCUUUGAGCGUUCUCGGCUGGAUUUUGUUCAUGAGUAAAUUGAACACGACUGCCACACAGGACAAGGGGGGCUACUUGGUGGCCGCUCCCUCCGUGUUUCGAGCGGGCGUGGAGGAGAGCAUCAGCGUGACCAUCUUCAACGCCAAAGCGGAGACUCGCGUGCAAGUCCAGCUGUCCGUGAAGGGCCAGGCGGUAGCUCACGGCCACGGCGCCGUCCUCGACAAAGGCACCAUCAAACUGAAGGUUCCCUCGGGGCUGAGAGGCCAAGCCCACCUGAAGCUGUGGGGCAACCGUCACCUCACAGAGGGGGGCUACAUCUUCCACAACUACACCACCGUCACGGUGGAGAGCAAGGGCACGGCUGUUUUCAUCCAAACUGACAAGCCCGUCUACAAGCCCAAACACAAAGUGCUCAUCAACGUCUACACAGUCACGCCUGACUUGAGGCCGGUUAAUGACAAGAUUGAGGCAUAUAUUUUGGAUCCGAGGGGAUCCAGGAUGGUGCAGUGGAAGGAUCUCAAAUCUGUCUGCUGUGGGAUUGUCAACAUGAGUUUCCCUCUGUCUGACCAACCCGUGUUUGGAGAGUGGUUUAUCUUUGUGGAUGUGCAGGGCCACACGUACAACAAAUCGUUUGAGGUUCAAAAAUACGUCAUACCCAAGUUUGAAUUAACGAUCGAUCCACCCCGCUACAUCCGUGAUCUGAACACGUGUGAGCAGGCCACUGUCCGGGCUAGGUACACGUUUGGAAAAGCAGUGUCGGGGAAGUUGAGCGUGAACAUGACGGUGAAUGGGGUGGGCUACUACCGUCACGAGAUGGGCCAUCCUGUCAUCAAGAACAUGGAGAUGAAAGGCUCGGCAAAUUUCAGCCUGUGCGUCAAAGACAUGAUGCCCCUGGAUGUAGCUGACCACUUCCGGGGCACCGUCAGCAUCUGGGCCUCGCUCACCAGCACGGACGGAAGCAGGCAAACCACCUUUGAUGAUUACACGCCGGUCCAUAAGCAGCUCAUUGACAUUCGGUAUUCCAAGGACACACGCAAACAGUUCAAGCCGGGUCUGCCUUACAAAGGAAAGAUUGAGGUGACUUAUCCCGACGGGAGUCCCGCUGAUGGUGUGAAGGUGCGCGUGAAGGCCGAGUUGUCCCCUAAAGACAAUGUCUACACGAGUGAACUGAUCUCCAAGGACGGUCAGGCCACUUUUGAGAUCCCGUCCAUUCCAACCGCCGCCCAAUAUGUGUGGCUCGAGACGAAAGUGACGUCCAUCGAAGGCAAGGCGGUCGGAGACCAAUACCUGCCCAGCUACCUGUCAAUCAGCAGCUGGUACUCUCCCAGCAGUUGUCACAUCCAGAUCCAAAGCCCUGGCGCCCCACUCAAGGUCGGCCAAGAGGCAGAAGUGGCGCUCAAAUCCACGUGUCCCUGUAACUUCACUUUGCACUACGAGGUGGCGUCUCGAGGGAACAUCAUCCUCUCGGGCAGUCAGCAGUCGGCCAACAUCACGGCCUCGCGCCGAGGAAAACGGGCCACCGUCACCUUCGACAAAAAUAUUCACACCACUCUCUCGCCCUUGUCUGCUUCGGGCUCGUCGUCGCAAACGGAGACGGAUAGCUGCGUGUCGUAUCUCCGCUUCACCGUCAUUCCCACCAUGGCGCCGCUCAGCCGUCUGCUCGUCUACUACGUGCGGGAAAACGGCGAGGGCGUCACAGACAGUCUGCAAAUCUCCGUCCAGCCCACCUUCGAGAACGAGGUGUCCAUCUCUCUAUCCACCAAUGAGUCCAUGCCAGGUGACCCGGUGAGCAUGCGCAUCCAGGCGGAGAGGGGCUCCUGCGUUUGCGUGGCCACCGUGGACAAAAGCCUGUACUUGUUGAAGCCGGAUUUCCAACUCAGCCCAGACAAGGUGUUCAAAGAGCUGUCCGACUUUGACGUGUCCGAUGCCUUCGGCGUUCAGAAAGACGACGGACACUUUUGGUGGCCCGGGCUUUUGUCGAAGAGACGCCGACGCUCCUCGGUUUUUCCGUGGCACUGGGAUGUCACCAAGGACGCGCGCUUUGCUUUCACAGAAACGGGGCUCGUUGUAAUGACAGACAUCGUGAGUUUGAACCACCGGCAAAGCGGCGGGAUGUACACCGACGAGGCCAUCCCCGCUUUUCAGCCACACAGCGCCACCCUGGUUGCCGCCAUGCACUCUCGUUCGGCCAUCAGACCAGAGAAGCGAAGGCGAACAUUCUUCCCGGAGACGUGGGUGUGGCACUGCCUCAACGUCAGCGCCGAAACGGGCGAAGCGGAGCUGCGCCUGGACAUGCCCGACUCCAUCACCACGUGGGUGACAGAAGCUGUCGGCCUGUCCAAAGACAAGGGCCUCGGCUUGGCGAAGAGAACGGAGCUUCGUACCUUCAAGCCCUUCUUUGUGGACUUCACGUUGCCUUACAGCUUGAUCCGAGGGGAGCAAACCAAAGUUCCCCUGACUGUCUACAACUAUCUGCCAACGUGUGCUGAGGUUCACAUUAAAGUGUCAGUUCCAAAGGGCAUCAAGUUUAUUGGUCAUCCUGGAAAGCACCACCUCACCAGGAAGAAGUGCGUGGCUCCUGGGGAGGCCACACCAACCACCAUCGUGUUGGCUUUUAGUGAACUGGGUCCAGCAAACAUCACAGCCCGAGCCAUCGCCUACAGCGAAACUAGCUGCUGUUCCGACUCACUACAGUCAGGCAAAACAGGAAAUGAUGUGGAGGAAAGAAGGUCACCAACUGGCCUGGACUUUGUCCGUAGGACCGUCCUUGUGGAGCCAGAAGGUUUGCCAAGAGAAUAUACCUAUAGUGUCUUCUUUUGUCCCAAUGAGAGAAUUCACAUUUCAACCCCCAACAAGUAUGAGUAUCAGUAUGUGAAAAAGCCGGCCAAAAUGAGUCAGUUCCAGGUGGCCGUGAAGACCCACAACGACGCCCAUUUUGCCCUCUCACCUACUCCGCACGACAGCGCCGAGAUGGUUGAGAUUGUGCUGGGUGGCCGGCAGAACACUCGCUCCUGGAUAUCCUUGGGUAAGAUGGGCGAGCCGCUCAUCAGUGUCGCCACACCGGACAUCCUUUCGUGGGAUGAGUUCCGCAGCUUCUGGAUCUUCUGGAAAGGCGGUUUGGUGCAGGUGGGCCAUGGUUUACAUCCGUCCAAUGCAUCAGUCAUCCUUGAGUGGUUCGGCACGAGCCCUUUACAGGUUCGACACAUAGGCUUCUCCACAGGAUGGGGCUCGGUUGGGGAGUUUAAGAUCUGGAGGAAAGAAGACUCUGAUGAGAACCACAAUGAAGCCUUCACCCUGGGGGUCCCACACAACAUGGUGCCCGGGUCUGAGCAAGCCUCUGCAUUUUUGAUCGGCGACGUGAUGGGGCCCACACUGAACAAUCUGGACAAGCUGCUGCGACUGCCUUUCGGAUGCGGGGAGCAGAACAUGAUCCACUUUGCGCCCAACGUCUUCGUGCUCAAGUAUCUGCAAAAGACGCGGCAGCUCAGCCUCGAGGUGGAAAAUGAAGCAACUGAUUACCUCUUGCAAGGUUACCAGAGACAACUGACCUACAAACGUCACGAUGGCUCCUACAGUGCUUUCGGAGAGAGGGAUUCCUCAGGAAGUAUGUGGUUGACAGCAUUUGUGCUCAAGUCCUUCGCCCAAUCGCGGGGUUUCAUCUUCAUUGACCCUGAGGAGCUGCGAGCGGCCAAGUCGUGGCUCAUCAGGCACCAGCGAGACGACGGCUCCUUCCCGGCCGUGGGGCGGAUUCUGAACAAAGACCUGCAGGGUGGCAUUCACGGGAAAAUCUCUCUGACGGCUUAUGUGGUGGCAGCACUUCUGGAGACGGGGAUAUCAACUGACGAAGAGAAGGUGGCAGUGGCCAAAGCCAAGGACUUCCUUGAGACCAACACCUACUCGGCCGACGACCCUUACACCACUGCCCUGUGCGCAUACGCCUUGUCUCUGCUCCGCAGCCCCUUUGCUCCCCUCGCCCUGCGCCGCCUCAACCACAUGGCCAUUACGCAAGAUGGACUCACUCACUGGAGUCUGACUGGAAGCACAAUGACGGACGAAGACACGUUCAUGGGCUUUAGUGACGGAAUCUCCCAGUCAGUGGUGUCGGCGGAGGUUGAGAUGACGGCCUACGGCCUUCUCACCUACACCCUCCUUGGGGACGUGGCGUCAGCCCUGUCCGUGGUUAAAUGGCUCUCCCAGCAGCGGAACGCGCUUGGUGGCUUCUCUUCCACGCAAGAUACGUGUGUGGCGCUGCAAGCGUUGUCCGAAUACGCCAUCCUGUCCUACGUCGCGGGUGUCAACCUCACCAUCUCAUUGGCCUCCACCAACCUGGACUUCCAGGAGACCUUUGAACUCAACAAGGACAACAAGAAACUCCUCCAGAGCGCCAAGAUUCCCAGCAUUCCAACGGGCCUUUUUGUCAGCGCCAAAGGAGAAGGCUGCUGUCUCAUGCAGAUUGACGUUUCCUACAACGUACCGGACCCUGUUUCAAAGCCGGCUUUCCAGCUCAAGGUGGACCUCAAGGAGCCUUUCCCAGGCCGCCAUCCGCAGCCACCACUUCCCUCUUCCUCCUCCUCCCGUCACCCACCCUCGCGACCCCGCAGCCGCGCCGACAACCGCUCGGAGCUCAACCGCAAGCGUCGGGCGCCCAUCGACGAUGACGACCCCGCGGCUCACCAGGACAAAAUGGACUUCCACCUCUCCUUGGAAGUCUGCGCCAGGUGGCUUCACUCGGGCUCCUCUAACAUGGCCGUCAUCGAGGUCCCCAUGAUCUCCGGAUUCCGAGCAGAUGUUGAAAGUCUUGAAAGGCUGCUGAUGGACAAGCGUGUGGGUUUGAAGAGGUACGAGCUCAACGGCAGGAAGGUGUUGUUCUACUUCGAUGAGAUCCCCAGCCAGUGCAUGACGUGUGUGGCCUUCCAGGCUGUCAGGGAAUACAUUGUGGGCAAGACGGCGCCUGUUCCUGUUAAGAUCUAUGACUACUACGAACCAGCCUUCGAGGCCACCCGCUUCUACAACGUUAGCGAGAGCAGCCCACUUGCCCGGGAACUUUGCGACGGCCCUACUUGCAACGAGGUGGAGAGUUCAUCCAGUCAUUGGACAGGUUUCGUGCAGGCAAACCCGUGCAACAACGUGUUUGGCUGCCUGGACGAGGAGCAGUUUGAACGCUGCAUGUGUCACCGGGACUGCGGCUACGACGGGGCGCCCGUCUGCGGGUCCGAUGGACAGAUCUACCAGAACCAAUGUCAGAUGGAGGUGUUUGCCUGCCGGAACGGAACGCGCAUCAAGCAGGUCCCCAUGUCCCACUGUCCUCACAUGGAGACCAAGGUAGAGGACAAGCAGCCAAUAGCGAGCCAGGAGACAGAGCAACCCUCAGUGCCUCUGCACACAGGUGAGGAGGAUCAGGGCUCGAUGGCCGAUGUCGCCUACUACUCUUACGAUUACGACGCAGACUCGGAGCCUUUCCUGGCAGAUGGCGAGGCGCGGGAUCCCAGUUCCGACGUCCCUCGAGCCGACCCGGACGCGCCACAGAAGAUCCUCCUGCCAUCUGACGCCCAAAUGCCCACAGCGAACACAAGGAACAGUCCGGAACGAUGGCUCACUGUCCUUGUCAUCUGUCCUCCGCAGAAAUACCGGUGUGAAGCCAUACCCAACGUCCAGUUUGUACAUUAUUUGUGAAUACGCGAGCGAAUGGGAAGUGAAGAGAGAAGCCCCAAAGGAAGCAACAUGAGCUCGUCCGUGAGUGGAUGUCUGUGUGUGUGUGUAUAUACAGUACGUGUCUGUUCGCUCUCCUCUUCCUCGGAUCAACAUCGGCUCUUUGUUUUAUUCACCGUACUGCCUUUAUAAUCACUCGUACGACAACAACAACAAAAAAUCAAAUAUUUGCUUUUUUUGUAAUUACAACCAACUUUAAGAUAUGGUGUUAUAUUUUUAUCUGUGGUAUUUAUUUGUAGCUAGCGCUCAUAUCAUUAUUACUUUUUGUAACUGCCCAUACAUACAUGACGUUACGGUCCAGUCACUUCAAUGUGCAGUUUUUUGGAAUUAAUUUAUAGCCAUUUUAAAGAGGGGACAUAUUAUGGAACGCUAAAUUGUUAAUUGUUUGUAUCCAAAUAGUCUCCAGAGAGCCGUCCCACCCAUUAGUAUGAAAUUACACAACCUAGGAAAAUAUAUUUUGGGAUGUUUGAAAUUUUUGGGGUUUAUGAUGUAACAAUGGGGCUAAUUUACAUCAUACCCCCCCACCACCCACCUUCCAGGCUGAGUUUGUCCGCUCAUGAAUUGGCACGUAGCCUCUGCGUGGAAAUCUAAAGGUGCUAAUUUGCCAAAGUCAAAAGUGUUGUUGGAUGCACGGAUUAUUUUAAAGUAACGGGGUUAAAAUUCUGAAAAGCUAAAUUGUCGAUGUAAAAAUAUAAUCCAUGCUUUCAUUAUGUUUGGGGCCGUUCAUUCUUUUUCACUUUCCAGACUGGGCCAGUAGUUACCACUCCCCACUUCACAACCCCCCCUAGCUCCACCCCUGCAUGUUAAAAGUGGAGUAUUUUGUCAGAACAAUGAUAUGGAGACAUCUGACAAAUGUUUAUUGUUAUAAAAAAAAACAUAAUAUCCCAUACUUUGGCAUUGGAAUGUUUGUCGAAAAACAAGUCGUGCUUGACAAUCGGGUCUCCCAAAGUUACUGCAGCACAUCUUCAACUAAUUUUAGAUAAUACAGAAUACAUGAAAUUAAUAAAAAUUGAAAAAAAAUAAUGGAUUGGAAAAAAUCUGGGAAAUAGUGUGCCAAAAAUAAACAUUGGACUCAGUUUGGGUAAACCCCUGCUUUGCAGAUACAGUACAUAAGCUGAAACGAAGCCGCACAGCAAAGAGAAUCAAAUUCCGUCAGGACAAAGGUGGACUGAUAGGCAACCACGAGUCCCUGGUGGACUCGAGCCCAUGCGCGGUGUUUGUUUUAGUUUUCUCAAACGGACUCGCACAAGGACACUCCGAGAUAACUUCCACCCGCCUUGAGAUUUGAUUGUACAGUUCAUAAGCUAUUUUGUUUAGGUUACAUUUUCAUUUAUGAAGCAAUCAAAGAAACAAAUUGAGAAUUCUUUUUUUUUCUUCCUGCAAUUGCUGUAAAUGUUCCAAAUUAGAUGACGCUUAUAUCAAACACUCAGAUUUUUAAAUAAAGAAACUUUAAAAAAAGGUUUUUGUAUUUUUUCUUUGCAUGCCUGGUUGGGUACAUUAUUGUAACAAAAAAAUAAUAAUAAUUUGUCAUUUCGAUGAAAUGUCAUGCUACCCAAAUACUGCUGUAAAAAUUACAUACCGAUGUUGACAUUUUUCUCCAUUUCAGGGGUCAAGAAUAAAGAUCAAAUAUUCCUUGUAAUGUAUUAAAACUAUUUAAUAAAGAUAAAAUACUUGAA